CUGUUGUCCGUACUCCGUUGCAAUCCCGAUGAUAGAAGUGAAACUCAGAAAGAGAAAAUUAUUUUUAUUUGUAACAGCGACUUAAGUCAACCACUAACUCCCAGCGAUCUGGAGAGAAAGAAGAGAUGAAAGUGAAGUCGUGGUUAGUUGCAUCGGCGCCAUUUGCAGCCAUGGUGGCUGUGGAGUGCCUGGAUGUUGGCUUAACCACCCUCAGCAAAGCUGCCAUGUCCAAAGGAAUGAGCCACUUUGUCCUUGUCGUCUACUCAAAUGCUCUGGCUUCCCUCAUUCUUCUUCCGGCGGCUUUUUUCUUCACAAGGAAAAAGCGGCCACCAAUUACUUUAUCUUUUCUGUGCAAAAUUUUCUGCUUAAGCAUUGCUGGGAUCACUUUGAUGCAGAACUGUGUAAUCACCGGUGUAAGUUACAGCUCUCCAACCCUUGCUUCUGCUCUUGCCAACUUAAUCCCAGCUUUCACUUUCUUGCUUGCUGUUAUCUUCGGGAUGGAAAAGCUAGAGUUGAAAAGCCCAAAGAGUCAGAUCAAAGUGUUCGGCACCUUAGUAUCCAUUUCUGGAGCACUCAUUAUGACCCUUUACAAGGGUCCUCCAGUACUGUCCCCACCAAUUCAACCGCAUUUACACCCAUCUCCUUCUACCAUGUUAACAACAUCUAACAAUUGGCUCAUAGGUGGCCUCUUCAUCGCUACUGCCUCUUUGUCACUUUCAGCAAACAUCGUUGGUCAGGCUGCGGUUCUGAAAGGGUAUCCAUCGGAGAUAAUGUUGGUUUCCUUCUAUUGCCUCUUUGGGACCAUUCAAUCUGCAUUGGUUACUUUGCUUUUUGAAAGAGACCCCAACGCUUGGAUGUUGAGUUCAGAUAUCGAGCUCAUUUCUGUGGUCUACUCAGCUUUAUUUGGAAAUGUGGUAACAUUCGGCGUACAAGCAUGGUGCAUACGGCGUAAAGGGCCGGUCUUUGUGGCGUCGUUCAAGCCCUUAAGUAUUGCUAUUGCUGCCUUCUUGGGGUUCAUUUUCCUUGGUGAAACGCUUUAUAUUGGCAGUACUCCUUUGCAGUAUUGUGGGAGCAGCCAUAAUUGUAACGGGCUUUUAUGGGGUGAUAUGGGCACAGUCGGACAAGGAAGAAGUGGGCAAGACAACAACCACCCCUCUCUUAGAUGGACAUGAUGUAGAUGCCUAAAUGAUUAUAUCUUUCUUUUUCUCAGAAUUCUUAGUAGUUACCAGAAAUCCAGCUGAUGUAUAUGCAUGUGUGUAUAUUCUCCUUGUAUUCACAUGCCAAAGGAGAAAUUGUAGUUAUAGUUAUUGCUGUUGGCAUUAACCGGAGGUAUAUAUGAACUGAGUUGAAUCAAA